AUGAACUAUACAUCCAAUCAGCCUCUUCAGUCGCAGUAUCAGGCCAAAAGUGUUGACGAUCAUUUGAUCGAUUAUGCUCACUUGCACGCUAAUCCUAAUCAGUCACGAAUGGCUAAUCCAAUUAAUCAAUCACAAAUGGCUACGCCAUUAACCUCAAAUAACAAUUCAGAUAAUAAUACAUCGAAUGCUAAUUCUGCCAAUACAUCAAAUCCAAACUCAAAUAGUAAUCCUACGCCUAUUAACAAGAUGAUGCAUGGACAUGGGAAUAAUCCCCCGGCAGACACUAAUUUCAAUGCUAUUCAAGCAUUCCAACAAAACUUAUCAUUCCAUAACCCUUUUGAUAUCAAUAGUUAUCCAAUUACAAAUCCUCCUAUAUUUGAUUCUACCAUGAUGUUACCUUAUAGCUCAGAAGGAGUCCCCCGUAGAAGAAGAAUAUCCAUUUCCAAUGGUCAAAUUGGACAGAUCAUUAAUCAUGAAGCCUUUUUCGAUAGUGAUGGCAGCAAUAAUGGCUUAGACGAAUUCAUUCCUGACCAACAACAACAACAACAACAACAAUCUCAACAACCUCAACCUCAACAACCUCAACAACCUCAACAACCCCCACAGUUCAAUAAUGAAAUGAUCAAUCAUUUCGCCUCAAAUUCCCAGUUGGGCCCCAAUGAAGCUGGACCAAUCCCAGUGCAACCACCCCCCUCACUACCUACUCAACAGAAAGAACGAGCUGCAGGGGUGCCUCCGCCAAAUCAUCAGCUUAUCUACAAUAAUGAAGUCAUUUUCAACCCCGAUGCUGGCCCAAUACCUGGAACCGCCGCUUGGAAAAAGGAAAGAUUACUAGAAAGAAACCGUGUUGCAGCCCUGAAAUGUAGACAACGUAAAAAACAGGCUCAACAACAAUUACAGGACAAUGUCUCUAAAUAUGAAAACCAUAUUAGUAGACAAGAUGCUAAAAUCAAAAAAUAUGAAGGCUUGCUUAAACAAAUUCAUGAUUUAGUAUCUAAAAAGGAUUUUGCCUCUGAUGAAGACUUGGCUCUAAUUCAUAAACUUUCUGGCUGAUUUCUCUCUUGACUCAUUAGCUGACUGACUUUCUCUUAUAGAUCUUGUGUAUUAAUGUAUUGACGGA